UAUUGGUAAACAAAAGCACGUGGUAAAAAAAUAAAAAGGUUAUGUACUGUCUGAUGAUAUUAAGUUAGAAACCUGACAACACAGGGGCAAGAACCCUUUGUAUUAUUUUGUAAAUAUCAGAAAUACGAAUGAAGAAAGGAUCAUUGAUUUAUAGAUCAUGGGUAUUAUAAAAUUCUACAAAUUACCUGGAUUGCGAUCUGGUCAGCUUAAAAACAAAUUCAAUAGCCUGGCUCAAAUAUCCAGUUCAAUAACUGGAUUAGAAACAGAAUUGUGCUACUAUAUUGAAACUAAGGAACCUUUAAGUGAUAAAGAAUCAGAACUAUUAAAAUGGAUUCUUAUUCCUCCAUUUGAACAUCACAGUCUGAAGAAUCAUAGUGCCUUCGAUGAAAAAUUGGAUGGUAAUUUGAUUAUUGAGAUUGGCCCAAGGUUGAACUUUUCUACAGCAUUCUCCAGUAAUGCUGUAUCAAUUUGCAAGUCUGUACAUUUACAUAAGAUAACAAGAAUUGAAUCAGUUGUUAGAUACUGCAUUAAACAUAAUGAAAAAGUUGACAAGAAUUUGGAACAAGCAAUAACAGAUGCAUUGCACGAUAAAAUGACUCAAUGCAGAUACAUGAAACCUAUAGAAACAUUUGAUCAUGGUUUCAGACCUGAAAACUGGUUCGAAGUAGAUAUUCUGAAGAGUGGUCGAAAAGCAUUGGAGGAAGUUAAUUUGAAAUUAGGUCUAGCAUUUGACAAUUGGGAUUUAGAUUUUUAUACAGACCUGUUCUUUAGUAAAUUGAAACGGAAUCCAACUAGCGUUGAAUGUUUCGAUUUGGCGCAAUCUAAUAGUGAACAUAGCCGUCAUUGGUUCUUCAAAGGUCACAUUGUUGUUGAUGAUAAAGAAAUGGAAAGAUCGUUGCUCGACAUGAUCAUAGAGACACAGAAAUACUCGAAUCCAAAUAAUACAAUUAAGUUUAGUGAUAACAGUAGUGCGAUCAAAGGCUACCAAGUGAAGACACUAAGGCCUAACAAAACUCACAAAUGUAGCUCUUUUCGUUUAGAGAAUGUAGAUCAAGAUCUUAUAUUCACUGCUGAGACUCACAAUUUUCCAACUGGUGUUGCUCCAUUUAGUGGAGCUACAACUGGAACUGGAGGCAGAUUGAGAGAUAUUCAAGGCAUUGGUAGGGGAGGAAAUUAUAUUGCUGGGACUGCUGGUUAUUCUGUUGGAAAUUUGUAUAUUCCAGGAUAUGACCUACCAUGGGAAGAAGAAAGUGUUCUGUAUCCCACCAACAUGGCUAGUCCAUUAGACAUCAUAAUCGAAGCUAGUAACGGUGCAUCUGAUUAUGGCAACAAAUUUGGUGAGCCAGUUAUAUCUGGGUUCUCUCGUUCUUUUGGUAUGGUAGAUAAUGAAGGUAUACGACGUGAAUGGAUCAAGCCCAUAAUGUUCAGUGGAGGAUUGGGUACAAUGGAUGCUGAUAUGUCCCAUAAAGUUCCACCACAAAAAGGUAUGGAAGUAAUCAAAAUAGGUGGUCCUGUAUAUAGAAUCGGAGUAGGAGGUGGCUCAGCAAGUUCCAUCGAGGUGCAAGGUGACAAUAAUUCAGAACUCGAUUUUGGAGCAGUACAAAGAGGUGAUGCAGAAAUGGAGCAAAAAUUGAAUAGAGUAGUUCGUGCGUGCACUGAAAUGGGACAGAAGAAUCCAAUACUUAGUAUACACGAUCAAGGAGCUGGAGGAAAUGGUAACGUUCUAAAGGAGCUGGUAGAACCCGCAGGUGCUGUUAUUUUUACUAAGAAAUUCGAGUUAGGCGAUUCAAGUCUCAGUACCUUAGAAUUAUGGGGUGCUGAAUACCAAGAAAAUGAUGCAAUUCUGUGUAAACCGGAAGACACUGAUUUACUAAAGGAAAUAGCAGCACGGGAGAAAUGCCCUAUUAAUUUCGUAGGGACUGUUACCGGAAACGGAAAAAUUAUUCUUUCUGAAGAAAACAACUGUGAUGUAUCAAAAUACCUAGAUGAGAAUUAUAAACAAGAUACGAGGCAUCCGGUUGAUUUAGACUUAGAAUUGGUACUUGGAAAAAUGCCUCGUAAGACGUUUAAUCUUCAGAGGCAGAAAACACACUUACCCUCUUUAUCAUUACCAGAGAAUUUAACUGUCCAAUCUGUGUUGGAAAGGGUCUUGCGAUUGCCUUCAGUUGGGAGCAAACGAUAUUUAACUAACAAAGUUGACCGUUGCGUAACUGGAUUGAUUGCGCAGCAACAAUGUGUUGGCCCCUUGCAUACUCCUCUUGCUGAUGUUGCUGUAGCUGCAAUUUCUCAUUUCUCAACGGUUGGUAUAGCCACGUCCAUUGGAGAACAGCCAAUAAAGGGUUUGGUGAACGCAGCAGCUGGAGCUCGUAUGACUGUGGCAGAGGCGUUAAGCAACUUAGUAUUUGCACACAUUUCAGACUUAAAGGAUGUUAAGUGCAGUGGAAAUUGGAUGUGGGCUGCGAAGUUACCAGGAGAAGGUGCAGCGUUAUACGAUGCAUGUUCUGCAAUGUGUUCAUUGAUGAACGAACUUGGCAUUGCGAUUGAUGGAGGUAAAGAUUCUCUAAGCAUGGCUGCUCGAAUCGGUGAAGAGGUUGUCAAAGCACCAGGAACGCUUGUGAUUUCUUGCUACGCUCCUUGUCCGAAUGUUCAACAGGUAGUAACGCCAGAUCUAAAAGCACCUGCAGCAGGGAAAAACGGUUGGCUGUUAUUCGUCGAUUUAUCUAAUGGACAGAGUCGAAUUGGCGGUACUGCUUUAGCUCAAGCUUAUAAAUCACUUGGUAACGAUGUUCCAGAUGUAGAGGAUGCAGAUUUGUUAAAAAAUGCUUUUAAAGCUACACAACAGUUGAUUGCAGAGGGGAAAAUAUUAGCAGGACACGAUGUCAGCGAUGGAGGACUCAUCACGUGUCUUUUAGAAAUGUGCUUCGGUGGUAUCUCCGGAAUAGAUGUUAACAUCUCUCACAAAUUAGGAACUCCUAUACAAAUUUUAUUCGCUGAAGAAGUAGGAUGGGUGUUGGAAGUUGAUGAAGAAAGUUAUCAUUAUGCGUUGGAUGUAUUUAAACAAUUCAAUGCUCCUGUUUACUCAAUUGGCCGAUCCGGAGGAUUCGGAAUCUCUUCAAAACUAAAUAUUAAAGUGCAGAAUCAGACUGUUCUAAACUCGACAGUGUUGUCUCUGAUGUCUGUAUGGGAAGAAACUAGCUAUCAACUAGAACGCCGUCAAACAAAUAUAGAGUGUGCAUUGGAAGAGUUCAAUGGACUCAAAAAUAGAACUGCUCCGGCUUACAAGUUAUCCUUUGACCCUAAUGUCCGACCUGCUGAAAUCCACAGAACUCCAAAUAUCACUGUAGCCGUGAUAAGGGAAGAAGGAACAAACGGAGACAGAGAAAUGGCGGCGUCAUUGAUGCAAGCCGGGUUUGAAGUUUGGGAUGUAACGAUGCAAGAUCUGUUAGAUAACAAAGUGACAUUUGAUAGGUUCAGGGGUGUUAUAUUUCCUGGUGGUUUCAGUUAUGCUGACGUUCUGGGGUCUGCUAAAGGAUGGGCCGCGAGUCUUCUCUUCCACCCAUCUCUGGAGAAGCAAUUAAAAAAAUUCGUUUCUCGCGAGGACACAUUCAGUUUAGGUGUUUGUAACGGAUGCCAAUUAAUGUCUCUGCUGGGAUGGAUAGGAAACGAAACCGGUGACACUAAAGUGCCAGACAUUUUCUUAGAUCACAACAUAUCCGAAAGGUUCGAGUGUCGAUGGAGUACAGUCAGAAUUGAUAAGUCACCAUCCAUCAUGUUAAGUGGAAUGGAGAAUAGCGUCUUGGGCGUGUGGGUCGCACACGGCGAAGGAAGAUUCACUUUCAAAAAUAAUGAUAUUUUGAACAAAGUUAAAGAGAACAAUUGCUUAGCUAUUAGAUACACAGAUGAUUAUGGUAACCCGACCGAACAAUACCCUCUGAAUCCAAAUGGAAGUACAGAUGGUAUUGCUGGUAUUUGCUCCGCGGAUGGACGACAUUUAGCGAUGAUGCCACAUCCUGAACGAUGCACGCAGAUGUGGCAAUGGCCUUGGAAACCAACAGAUUGGACGAGAUACAAGGUCUCACCAUGGCAGCGUAUGUUUGAUAACGCAUACGCCUGGUGCGUAUCAAAACAGAUGCAACACAUUCCAUACGACUGCAGCAGAUAUUGUAAAUAAUAAGAUUGUAUUCUUUCUUUUUCAAAGAACUGUAAUUUUUCUAAAUAAAUUACUUCCUACGGAUUUCCACUGAA